UCCUUUCAAGCUCCGCCUCCGCCAAGCCAGUCCCACCGGGGGUGAGAGAUCAACGCCGAAAAGGACCCGGAUGAUGGCGGAAGAAGCGCGGAGAAGUGAUCGCAAAUCCUUAGGAAACAAACCAUCUUUAAAAAAUGAAGAUGCUGCUGAAAGGAAAGCAGCACUUGAAGCUGCCAUUAGGAAAAAAAUUGAGUAUGAGCGGAAAGCACAGCAAGUUGUUGAACACCUGUUGGAAGAGGAUAUUACCAAAGAAUUCUUUGUGGAUUGUGGGAGGCUUAUAACACCUUCUCACUAUCAAGAUGUGGUGGAAGAAAGAUUUAUCGUCAAGUUAUGUGGCUACCCACUCUGUCAAAAUAAGCUACAGAAUGUGCCAAAACAAAAGUAUAAAAUUUCUACCAAAACAAACAAAGUAUAUGAUAUUACUGAAAGAAAGCGUUUUUGCAGCAAUUUUUGUUACAAAGCAUCAAAAUACUUCGAGGGCCAAAUAUCCCAAACUCCAGUAUGGUUUCGAGAAGAAGAAAGACCACCGACGAUUGAGCUGCUAAAGAAAGAGUCAAGUGGCUACUCUGGGAAAGAAAUACAAUUAGUUAGUGAAAGAAUUAAAGCCUUAGACAUUGAAAAUCCUACUCCUGCAGAAAUCCUUCACAACUCUGAUUCAGGCGGUGAAAGCAACAGUGAUGCUGAGCAGGAGUUUUUUUCUUCUGUUCUACAAGAGAAUCUUUCAAAUACAGAGAAAUUGGCUGGGAAGCCCCUCAAGGGCAUCCUUAAAAAAAGCCCUACCAAAAGAGCAGAGCCUAAGCUCUUCACCACAGAGGACACACUUGACAAGACUUCAGCCCAACUAAACAAAGGCACAUCCGAUGUUCUACAAGAAGAGCACGUUUUUCCUGAUGAUAUUCCGGGGGGGAAACCUUGCCUUUCCCAGAACGUUCUUGAAAAGGUACAGGUCUCUGAAAAUCUUGGAAACAACCGUAGCUGCUCCCCAGUAGUGUUUCUGGGAGUGAGUCAAAAAGGGUCAGACCAAUUUAAAAGGUUACUUGCUAAAUCAAAACUGUCCGUCAGAAGUCCAGCAGAAUCCAUGGCGGCCAAAGAUGGCUUGUUAAAGAGCCUCAGGCAGACAUUUACUGACUGGAGAAGUGAGGAGACGCUGAAGCUUCUCCAUGGCUCUCACAGAACCACUAGUCGUCUCCUGCAGGGCACCCAGGCAAAUGACCCUGAGAAGGAAGAGCUUGAUGAAGAUGAUUUGGAAAGCGCUAAUAGCAGUGAAACUGCAUCCCAAAAGCACUCUUUUAACAGCCUAGAUCAGUCUUUGCCUUCCCAGGAUGCCAGGACAGCUGCCAAACCGUUACCUAGCGUUGAAAAAUUAAAAAAAGAGAGAUCACAGUUGGAGUUAAAGGUGAGGGAAUUUUACAAAGGAAAGUUCACUGUCCUUGAAGAGGAGGAUUUGGCAAUGCAAUUGGAAAGGGAACAGCAGAAUGGGAAGUCUCAAGACAAUGAACAGUGGGCUCCCGUUUUGCCACUUGUAGAUUCUAAAGCUCAGCAGCAGAUACGGAGACGGAUUGUGCUUGAAAAGCUUCAGAAAGUUUUACCUGCUGUUUUGGACCCUCUUAAGAUUCCUCUUGGUGAUGUUUAUAGUGAACUAAGAAAUCUUGUAAAAACAUUUAGGUUGACAAAUACAAAUAUAAUUCACAAAACUCCAGUGUGGACCUUAAUUGCCACUGUGCUGUUGUCUAUUUUGUCAGAAAAUAUCCCUGCUUUUGCACAUUCUCAGCAAAAUAAAGGAUAUACACAGUUCCUUGCUACCUUGCUUGAAGAAUUAUGUAUCAAAACUGAAGAUCUGGAAAGUCUAACAAAAAUAUUUAGAAGUGGCUGACUCCCUCACUGAAUAAGAAGAUCAUCCUUCAUUUCUCUCUUGAACAGAGAUUGAAUUAAUGUUCCACACUGGAUUUGUCAAACCGCUAGAAAUGUUUUUGCAGUUUAGUUAAAAAUACCAACUUUUUAAAAAAAAA